AUGUCACCGACUUUAUCUCAGAAUAUUUUUGCACUCCUUCGCUAUGCCACUGUCAUUAUGGAAGCUCAGAUCUCAAAACAACAGGAAGUCAAGGAUGACUAA